ACCAAAGCACCCAACAGCUGAUAAGGAAAGCUCCAUGUUGCUGGGGGUGAAAAAGCUGCGCGAAGAGGGUUUCCCAGUUUUCCGAACUACUUCCAGUGGUUUACAUUUCGCCAGCCAUCGUGUACUUGUCACAAAAUCCAGAGAAAAGCAAGCAAAAAGUAUAAAUAAUCAGUAAAAUAAUGGAAAAGCAGAAAAAGUUCACAAAGUGAUUCGAUUCGCGUACUCAAGUGCAAAUUGCAGAAACGCGUGCUGCGGUGGUUUUAAGCUUCUUCGCAGCCCGAAGAAAGGCCAAAAAUCAAUAGGCGUGUUAAAUUUGUAAACACGGCAAGCCCUCGGACCAGCCCCUUUCGGUUUCCUGGCCACUCCAACCCCGAUCCCCCAGUGAACUGUGACCGCCAGCUGCCCGAAGAGAAAAGGCCCAGUCGCGACCGAAAAACCGCAAAAAUAACCAUUAGCCAGCGCAAUGAUUGCCAACCUGGCGUUGCCCUUCCUGCUGAUGAUCGCGGAAGCAGCAGCCACCGCGGAGCAGGUGGAGUACCUGCAAUCUUCGCCGGCGGAGCACCGACUCAGCAAGCGCAUGGAUCUGGAGGUGUGCAUAGGUCACUUUGACGUGCAUAAAAACACCAUAAUCCGGACGGGAGAGUCCCAGGCGAUUGGAGGAAAGUACCUGCAGGGCAUCGAGUUGGACACCAUCGAGGAGUGCGAGAGGCUGUGCUGCGAGACGGACGCCUGCGAUGUGUACAUCUUCGAGCGGAAGGCGGGGGGCUAUUGCUACCUCUUCGAGUGCGGUCCUCCGGAGGAUUUCCGCUGCAAGUUCACCAGGCACGCCAACUACACGAGUGCCGUGCUGAACCCCCAGCCGAAGCCCGUCGGCGAGUUGGUGACCACGCCGCGUCCGCAGCUGCCCCACAUCCACAGCAACAAUGUGUCGCAGCAGGAAUGGGAGCUGAGCAACCUGAAGCUGAAGCCGGAAGCGCGCGACAAGCCCACAGUUUCCACCGCCGCAGUGGUGGCUCCCACAUCGGGAACGGGUGCGGGUGCGGGCCUGGGUGUGGGCCAGUCGCCAGUCUACCAAGCUCAAAGUGUUCCCGCCGCGCAUUGUGGACGCUUCCAGUUCACCUGCCACUCCGGCGAGUGCAUCGCGGUCUACAAUGCCUGCGAUGGAAUUCCCCAGUGCGAGGACGGGAGUGACGAGGGACCGGAAUGCAACACCGUGAUGUCGACGGCCACAAAACCGGGCACUACCAGCAGCAAUUUGGAGCCCAUGGUGCCCGCGAAGCCCAUGGUGCAGCAGUAUGUGCCCGUGCAACAGCCGCAGCAGGUCGUGGCCCAGCAGAUGCAGCAGCAGCAGCAGCAGCUACCACAACAUGUCAUUGUUCUGGGUCCACCACCACCACCGCCGCCUCCACCGCCCAUGGUGAACAAUCGGGAAGAUGCCGCCGCCUGGGCCAACCGCAAGAUGAUUGCCGAAGGGCAGCAGCAGCAGCAGCCACUGCCACAGCAGCAACUGCAGCAGCAACAGUCAUCGCAGCCAAAGGCGGAGAUCAUAAGCACGGAUGCGCAGAGCCACAUAUUCAGCCACAAAGGCGGCCUCCAGCUGCAGCAGCCGGCGAACGGACAGGGGCCCCCGCCGCCUCAGGUUCCGGGUCAGAUGGCGGGAGCAGCGCAGGUUCAGGUUCAGGGGCAAUCCCCACCCAUGCAACUGCCCGGCUAUGAGGCCAAUCAGGCUGUGUAUGGGAUGUCACGCUCCGGAAUCUACUUGCCACAGCAGCAAGCUCAGCUCCAGGCUCCUGCUGGCCAGCAGCAGGUGCCACCGAGUGUGGUGUGGCCACAACAGGCUCCAUUGGCCCCGCAGCAACAGGCGCCGGUUCAGCAGCCGCAGUCACUGAUGCCGCAACAGUCUGGUCAUGUCUAUGCUGCAGCUCCGGCUAACCAAUCUCCACCAGCUGCGCAGCACGUCAUGUUGCCCGUCUUGAAUGCAGCUCCCGCCUCCGGAAAAAAUAUGGGUCCAGCGGCAGAUGGGGACUAUGAUGAUUACGACGAGGAAACAUACACAGAGGCACCAAAAAAGAAGCAGCACAAGCACAAGAAGGUCAAGACGAAGACGGCCAAGGAUCCCAUUGAACUAGCCUUGGAGCAAAAUAAGCUACAGCCGGAUGGAUCACUUCCAGCUCUGCCCGUUCCCGCUUCUCCAGUCCACGAGCAGUACAAGAUGAUCCACGACAACCUGGCGAUAGAGUUCCGCGAUCACGACGGUCACUCGGAGCGCCCUGGUGGGGCAGUCCUCUCGCUGACCCUGGGCCUGCUGGUGACCGCCGCCCUGGCCAUUCUCAUUGGGUGCAGGAUGCGGACGGUGACCCGGAGAGCACGACGACUGGGCGGCAAGACGCCCUACUCGCAGGAGGCGGACUUCCUGGUCAACGGCAUGUAUCUCUAAGCCGGAUGCCUGAGGACUGGGUCGGGGGCUUGCCAAGAUUCGUUGUGUUGUUCCAAGUGCGGGGGAGCGUGCGCAGAUAUAUUUACGAUUAAUUGUGUAAUGAAAAACGUAUUUUAUAUAAACAAAGAUAUAUCAAAUAAACCUAAAACUUAAACUGAA